GAAAUGUCAAAUCAAAUAAUUUUAGAGGUUAUUACAGUAAUAACAAAUUUGAUCUAAUAAUUUUUAUUCGAAUGUUCUCGUAGUUCUUGUUGCAUUUUUAUAGUUUUAUCUUGUAAAUAUAUUAAUCCUGAAUAGCAGUAAUUUUCUAUGAGCUCUAAAAGAGAAACUGACGAAGCUUCAAGGCUGAGUGAAGCGUCAUCGUCUAGCAAUAAUUCAGCCGCAGCAGUGACUGAAGGUGGGAUCCCUCCUGAAUGUGAGUCGGAGGAUCCCCGGGAAGUCAUGAAGAGAGCGGCGGCAAAACAGCUGAUCGAGAGGUACUUCUACCAGCUGGUGGACGGCUGCGGCGACCCGCACUGCGACAACCAGCACUGCGCCUCCAGCAGUGAGUCGCGAUCAUUAUCCCCGAAUGAAGCUGCAGCAGAGGCCAUCAAGUUGUUCUACAAGGAGGCGCGGCUGUGCGGUGGACAGCCCAACAAGGUGCGGCGCACGGAUGAAGACAAACCUCACACAUGCUUCAGCUUGCCAUGCACAACGUCGGGCGAUCUAAUAGGCGAUGCCACGAACAGCUCCGGCGCAGACAGCAGCCAGCCAUCACACACAGUAUUAGAAACUAGUCAGAAAGCAUCACAACCAGACGAUGUUGGAACUGUUAGUCAUAACAAUGGCGCUGUGCUGACGGAGCAGCGCAUGAGUGAGCUGUGCGCGGAGUGUUUGCGCUCGCAGCGCGCACAGCCGCUGGUGCGCGCGCUGGGCGAGGCCUUCUCGCAGCCCGCGCUGCUGGCACGCUGCUUCCAGGGGCCGGCGAAAGGCAGCGGAACACAGGAUGGCGCCACCGCGGCGGCGGGGGUCAGUGACCCCGACAAGGACGUGGACAGCGCAGCGCGGCCCGGGCCCGACCUGGAUGCGUGUCAGCGCGCCUUCCAACACCUCGCCAAGGUGCCGUCGGACUACUACAGCGGGGCGCUGGCCACGGCGCUCACGGCGCUGGCCGAGUCGCUGACCAUAGACCUGCGAGCCACGCGCCGCCUGCGCCUGCGAGAGGUGGUGGCGUGCCUGGCGAUAGUGUUCGAGCUGCCCGAGCUGGACUGCGAUGAGUACCUGGAGGUGGCGCUACCCGCCCUGUGCCGGGUCGCCGAGCAUCUGCCGGUCAAAGGGCAAGCCCGGCUGGCGCGGGCGUGGGCGGCGCGCGGGGCGGCGCGGCUGCGGCGGCUGCUGGGCUCGCUGCAGCAGCUGGUGGCGCUGCGCGUGGUGGGCGCCGGCUGCUCCGCGCUGCUGCCCGUGCAGGCCGAUGUGGCUGUCACCAGCGCCGUCAGGCUUAUGAAGAUCGUGUACUACGCGUCCAUAAUCGGCGGCGUAGUGGAGGCGGGGGCGCGCGAGAGCGAGGUGCGCCUGCCGCCAGCCGACCCGUUGGGAGACGCACUGGACUCGUGGCUGCCUCGUGUGGGCCGCGGGGGCACGCCGCCGCCGGACCCGCUAGCGGUGGAAUUAUCAGUGGACGUGCUAGACGCGCGGCGGCCGCUGGUUCCCUUCGACGAGUUCUACAACGAGGUGCUCAGCGACACCGUCGAGAUGGACAAGGACUUCGCCAACUACAAGACUGAGCUCAGCAAUGGCAAGAAGUUCUCGUUCCUGCGCUACCCGUUCAUCCUGACGACGGCGAGCAAGUCGCUCGGGCUGUACUACGAGAACCGGAUCCGGAUGUACUCGGAGCGGCGCGCGAGCCUGCUGCAGGCGGCCGUGGGUGCGGCGCCGCCGGAGCCCUUUCUCAGGCUGCACGUGCGCCGCUCCAGCCUCAUCGCCGACGCACUCGUCGAGCUGGAGAUGGUGGCUAUGGAGCGGCCGCUGGACCUCAAGAAGCAGCUGGUGGUGGAAUUCGUGGGCGAGCAGGGCGUGGACGAGGGCGGGGUCAGCAAGGAGUUCUUCCAGCUCGCCGUGGACCAGCUGUUCCAUCCCGACUACGGCAUGUUCACGUGCCAGCCCGACACCGGCACUGUGUGGUUCAACCCGACGUCCUUCGAGUCGGAGGGCCAGUUCACGCUCGCGGGCGUGGUGCUGGGGCUCGCCAUCUACAACCACGUGAUCCUGGCCGUCAGCUUCCCCAUGGCCGUGUACAGGAAGCUGCUAGGGAAGAAGGCUAGCUUCGAGGACUUGGCUGAUUGGAACCCCGUACUCUACUCCGGGCUACAGGACAUGCUUCAGUACACGGGCGAGGACCUCGAGCAGGUGUACCUUCAGUCGUUCCGUGUCGGCUACACGGACGUGUUCGGGACCGCCCUCACGCACGACCUCAAGCCCGACGGCGGGAGUGUGCCCGUCACGCAGGAUAAUAAACGGGAGUUCGUUGACCUGUACGCGGACUUUCUCCUCAACACUUCAGUGGAGAGUCAGUUCGGAGCGUUCCGUCGCGGGUUCGCCAUGGUGACCCACGAGUCCUCGCUGCCGGCGCUGUUCCGGCCCGAGGAGCUGGAGACCCUGGUGUGCGGCAGCAAGAACUUCGAUUUCAAGGAGCUAGAAUCGUCCACAGAAUACGACGGAGGCUACACCGCGUCAUCACAGACUAUCAUAGACUUCUGGGACAUCGUCCACGCGAUGACAUUGGAGGACAAGCGUCGUUUGCUUCAGUUCACGACGGGCUCAGACAGGGUCCCUGUGGGCGGCAUGAGCCAUCUCAAGCUGGUGGUGGCGAGGAACGGGCCAGACUGCGAUCGAUUGCCAACAGCACAUACCUGCUUCAACGUACUGUUAUUGCCAGAAUACGACACCAAAGAUAAACUCAGAGAUAGACUGUUGAAAGCGAUUAGUUAUUCGAAAGGGUUCGGAAUGCUUUAAAUAUUUUGGUGGCUGAUGGGAGGCGGGUCUGUACAGUGUUUAAAAAACAAAUGAUUUCAUAUUUUUGUCUUCAACUUUAAAAAUGUAGUUGAGUCCGUGCCAGUCCUGUGUCGAGGACUUUUGUUUAAGUACAUAAUUAAUUAUGUUUUAAUUAUGACAGCAGUUAAAUAAUUAUAUCCUUGUUUAAUAAUGAAAUACAAAUUAAUAAAUGAAGCAAUAAAUCUGAGUGAAAAUUUAAAAUCGACCGCGUUUUGUGGAAAAUGUUUAUUUUAUAAAUGCUUCUAAAUUAUUUAUUGACUAGAUAACAAUUUUAGAUCUAUCUAUUCUCAUAAAAUCAUUUCUAUCUCUCUAUUUAAUAGUUAGGUUAAUUAAUACAUUAAGAUAUUAUUUGCAUGCAAGCAUUUGACGCUGUAAAGCGGGGUUUGCUUGGAAAAGGCAUACUGUCUUAUGCCCAGUGGACGUAGAUGUUUUUAUUUUAAAGGCAUGUUUUCAGAACUAGGUAACUUUCCAUUAUUGGGUAACGCACACAUUAGACGUAAUGAGCCAUCGAAAAUACCUUUUACAUUAUUUUGAUAAAGUGAACCCUCACAAAAAUCUUUAUUGCCCUCCGGGGGGUCACUC